GAUGAAUUGGAAGUGGUACUGAAAUUCAAAAGCGAUUCGUGGGCUGGUAUCGGAUGGAGACCGGUGAACGCAUCGAAUUCAUGUCCAGCUUUGAGUUCCCUCGGGUUCAGCAGGGGGAAAUUGGGUGCUGCUUCUGAGAACACAAAACAGAUUGCUGAUAGAAUCGAUGAAGAGGAUGCGCUCAGGAAGCCACUCAAAUCAUCACUUCCCAUUGAACCAAUCAUCAAAAAUAAAUCUUCUGCUGCUGGUGUUUGUGGAGUGAAUGAGGAGUACACCGAGUGUCCUGAGUUCACCAGGCAAUGUGAAGCGUCUUGCGAUUGGACACGUUAUCCGGAAACAAUUCCGAAUUGUCCACGGACUUGUGGUACUCCGAAAUGUAUCUGCAAAGAGGGUUUCGUACGUGUCUCGAACGAGAACGAUACUUGUGUACCGUUCCAUUUCUGUUCCGAUGAGUUGCAAGAUAAAGAUAGUAAGAUAAAUACUGAUAAGAUAAAAGGACUGAUCAAUGACAAGAUAGGAUUGGUGGAAGUUGAGUGUGCGGCCAAUUCGNGCACAUGCGCUGAUAACUACGUUCGUUAUAAAGGCGAAUGCAUCUUCUGGGGCGAUUGUCCAAAUCUCGAAGAGCAUUGGGCUGUCGAGCAGGCGACUGCUAAUGAAACAGCGCUGAGCACAACCACUGAGGAAACAACACCUCAGGAGGCAGCAACAACUUCAGAUAGUCGAUCAUCACGUACCGCUGAAAUCUCGACCAACCGAGCAGCAGCUAGUCGAGNUACUUGA